GUGGGUAAACAUUGUAAGGAAGAGACUGAUAUAUGAGAUUCUAAGCUUUUGCAGGGUGAGUCAGCUCAAUGCCGAUGCUUAUGGAAGCUAUUGCAUGAUAAAAAUGGAACCUUUUCCCAACCCUAAUCAAAUUUUAUCUUCUGGAGUAAUUGCGAAAGCCAAAGUCAGCAGCAGGACACAGUAGGCGAGCUUAUCAAGGAGGGGAAUUUGAUGGUGUGAGGUCGGGGAGGAGUAAAGAAGACUCGGAGGGUUGACCAGCUCCGCGGCAGCGGAUGGGUUUUGGCUCGUGUGUUUCCCGGUGGUCGGACUCCUCUCUCGGCUGUCGCAGCAAAGCAUCACAGGGAUGUAUUUGUCCUGGGUCCUCCUGAUGCCGUGGGAAGCAUAAAGAUUGGAUCUUGAUCGACCGGUCGAUACAUCGAUCGAUCAGUCACUGGGUCGCUCUCGCCGUUUUCUUGCAGACCAAAGCUCCACUUCAGUGUGGAAUUUAGCUGUGUUUCCAGUGGUUUGUCUCUCUCCCUUUCUCUCUCUCUCGACUGCUGCUGCUGCGACGCAUCGCAGAAACCUCUCCCCGGUCUUUUUGCCAGCUCCUGGUGCCGUGGAAGCGUAAAGAUUGGAUCUUGUCUCUCGCCAUCUUUUUCUUGCCGCUUCGGAUCGGUCCGCAAAGGCGUUUCUCGAUUCCGCACCGGUUUGGUUUCGGAUCCGGCGAUUGUUUCGGGCUGGGAUUUAGCAUCAGAUUCUAAAUCCAGAAUUUUUUUUUUCCUUUAUGUCGUUAGGAGCUGCAGUCGGUGUGUUCCAUCUGCCAAAGCUGUGGCAGGUAUUUAAAUCGGAUUUGCUUUUAAUUCUCCACGAGAUCGGUGUCGUUUGAAGAUCGCAUAUUGUGGCAAUAUUUGUUGGAAAAUUGACAAAAAAAAUGUGUCUGGAAAAGGAAAGGAAGAAUUGAGAUUUGAUAGGCGUUCAGAAAAAUGGGUGGGCUUUGCUCAAAAAGGUCAGCUGUGGAUAAAUCGCCCAGCGAUACUCUCGAUCCUAGUGGAUUCAGGGGUCAGCCAAUACCGAGUCAAUUCCAUAGUAAAAGGCAGGAGGAUUUGUCUAAUUCUCUAGCAGAAGAAGCUAUGGAGAAGCGGCUGCAAGAACAUUCCUUUUCCUUCCGUGAUUGCACAAUAACACACACCGGAAACUUUUCAGACGCUGCUGAUGCCACUGAACUGCAGUUUUUCAGGGAUAUCUCACAAAAUUCUAGCUCAACGAAGUCUAAACCCUCCUCUGGAAAGUCUGGAACUACGAAGGUCUCUGAAGUGGGCUUGGUUUUGAGCAAGGCAGGUAGUGUUGGGCUCGGCAAAGCAGUUGAGGUAUUGGACACACUUGGUAGUAGCAUGACAAAUUUGCACCUUAGUAGCAGCUUUGUAUCAGGAGUGGCAACCAAGGGAAACCAAAUAUCUAUUUUAUCAUUUGAAGUUGCCAACACAAUAGUUAAAGGCUCCAAUCUUAUGCAAUCACUUUCAAUGGAGAACAUAAAGCAUUUGAAAGAAGUUGUACUUCCAUCAGAAGGUGUGCAAUACUUAAUAUCCAAAGACAUGGAUGAGUUACUAAAGAUUUCUGCUGCUGAUAAAAGGGAAGAGCUGAAGGUAUUUUCUAAGGAAGUCAUUCGCUUUGGAAAUCGAUGUAAAGAUCCUCAAUGGCACAACUUGGAGCGCUAUUUCGACAAACUAGCAUCAGAACUUACACCUCAAAGUCAGCUGAAAGAAGUAGCAAAAAUAGCGAUGGAGCAACUGAUGACAUUGGCUCAGUAUACAGCUGAAUUAUACCAUGAGUUGCAUGCCUUGGAUAGAUUUGAUCAAGAUUAUAGGAGAAAAAAUCAAGAAGAGGGUGGCACAGGUGGAGUUCAAAGAGGUGAUACUCUCCAAAUGUUAAGGCAAGAAUUGAAGAGCCAAAGAAAGCAUGUAAAAUCAUUAAAGAAAAGAUCACUCUGGUCCAAGAAUUUGGAGGAGGUGCUGGAGAAGCUUGUAGAUAUUGUCCAUUUCUUACACUUCGUGAUUCAUGAUUCCUUUGGAAGUGCUGAUACUGAUAAACCAACAGAAGAGACUAUGAAGAAUCAAGAAAGAUUGGGACCUGCUGGCCUGGCACUACAUUAUGCAAAUAUCAUCACUCAGAUAGACACCCUUGUCUCUCGGUCAAGCUGUGUACCAACAAAUACAAGGGAAUCACUAUACCAAGGACUGCCCCCAACAAUAAAACAUGCAUUCCGUUCAAGGUUGCAAUCAUUUCAAAUCAAGGAAGAGCUUACCAUUCCUCAAAUCAGAGCAGAGAUGGAAAUAUCUUUGCGGUGGCUUGUGCCAAUUGCCAACAACACAACCAAGGCUCAUCAUGGUUUUGGUUGGGUCGGCGAGUGGGCUAACACCGGGUCCGAGGUAAACCGAAAGCCAUCAGGUCAGAUAGAGUUGACGCGGAUGGAGACAUUCCAUCAUGCGGACAAGGACAAGACCGAAGCCUACAUUCUCGACUUAUUGAUGUGGCUUCACCAUCUUGUCCGUCGCUCGAAGCCUGGGAGUGGAGGGAUCAGGUCUCCGAUCAAAUCUCCAGUUUGUUCUCCGGCACAGCUCUUAACCACAACGUCGCCGGCCACAAAACCUAGUGUGCCAUCUUCCACGCUCACCCAAGAAGACCAAGAAAUGCUGCAGUGUGUGAACUUCAGGAAGCUAACUCCUGGAAUCAGCAGGAGUCAGGAGUUUGACACGGCCAAGACGAAGUCAGGCAAGCACAGCAGGUUGAGCAAGAGCAACAGCCAUUCACCAACCAGCUGCAGCAAGAAGGAUUUCUUCGUGCCAUGGUUGCUUCCUGUCAUCGACUUCGACAUCGACAAGAUGAAAGCGCUCGAUAUGAUCGAUCGAUUGGACGACAUCAGAAAACCAUGAAGUAUCAGCAAAACAUGAUCCCACGAUCAAUGAGGCCGUCACAAUCCACAGCGGCCAGAUGUCAUCGACACGGUGGCCAUGCAAUAGAAGACUCCUCGCACCAACGACGAAGAUGGUGAGUACAGUUAGGUGGUACCAUCAGAGUCAAAAAUGUUUGAAUUGGUGUGAUAUAUUAUAUAUUACAUUUACAACGCUUCUAAAUGUUUCUUAAGGACAAUCUUGUCGGGAAUUCACAUAAUAAACAAUAAUGAUUAAUAACUCCAUUCACCA